AUGGCGGUGGCGAUGCUGCGUGACUGGUGCCGGUGGAUGGGCGUGAGCGCGCGCAGGGGUCUGCUGGUGCUGGGUAUCCCCGAGGACUGCGAGGAGGCCGAGGUGCACCAGGCCCUAGAGGCCGCGCUCUGGCCGCUGGGCCGCUUCUCUGUACUCGGGCGGGUGUUCCGCGAGGAGGAGAAUGCCGCGGCGGCCUUGGUUGAGCUGGCGCAGGAGGUGGACUACGCGCUGGUGCCCCGCGAGGUCCCGGGCAGCGGGGGGCCCUGGCGCGUGGUGUGCGUGCCCCGUGGCUCAGGCGAGGAGGUGCUGGGCCGCGUGUUCCACUUCCUCGAGCAGCAGGGCCAGACAGCCGAGAGCGUGGCGGGCGCCCUGGGGCUGGGGCUGAGGCGCGCGUGCUGGCUGCGCUCGGUCAGCCAGGCAGUCCAGCCCUGGGUGGAGACGGUGCGCUACCAGCCCCUGGGCGUGUUCUCUGGGUGCGAGGAGCUGGGCCCCGGGGAACAGCCCUUCGAGGCCUGGCUGGACCAUGCCAGCGACAUGCUGCACGUGUGGCAGGCAGUCUCCGAGCGAGAACGGCGGCGGCGGCUGCUGGAGGGCCUGCGCGGCACCGCCUUGCAGCUGGUGCGCGGGCUCCUGGCUGAGAACCCCGGGCGCACUGCGCAGGAGUGCCUGGGCGCCCUGGUCCAGGUGUUCGGGGACACCGACUCAGAAGCAGCCACACGGCUGAGGUGCCUGACGGCCCAGCAGAGGCAGGGUGAGCGCCUCUCUGCCUUCGUUCUGCGCCUGGAGAUCCUGCUGCAGAAAGCCAUUGAGAAGGGGGCUCUGGCCAGAGCCUCGGCGGACCACCUGCGCCUGCGGCAGGUGCUCACCAAGGCCACCCUCAUCGAGCCACUAGAAGAAGCACUGCGCAAGCUGAGACUGGUUGGGAGGGCACCCAGUUUCCUGGAGAUGCUGGGGCUGGUCCGGGAGUCUGAGUCGUGGGAAGCCACUCUGUUCAGCAGAGAGAGGGCCGCAGCAGAGGAAGGGGCUGGAGCUGACCCUGGGGCAGACGGAGACAAGGUCGAGAUGGCAUCCAGGGGUGGGCAGGACCCUGCCUCUGCCCUGAUUCCUGUGAAUGUAGGGCAGUCAAUGCCCACCGAAGGCCCUGGCGCCAUUGUGAGCAGCACCCCAGCCCAGGAAGGCAGUGCUCCUGGGGCAGACCCAGGAGGUUCAGGCUGUGGGCCGCAGGGCCUCAGCCAGACAGCAGAGCCAGAGGUAAUGGACGCCCAAGAGGCUCCUGCCGAGCUCCUGGAAGAGCGUCUCCAGCCCAUUCUGGAGGAGUCAGAAAAUGAGGGUGAAGCUUGUGACCCAAGCCUGCCCGAGCCCUCGUCCUCUGAGGCCUCCUUCUCUGACCAGUAG